AUGGCGGUGCUCGAGAUGCUCUUGGGAGACUGGCGCGAGGAAAGUUCCGCGAACCAGAUCCAGGUGACUCACAAUCUGGAGAAAGGCUACCAGGUGCUGGUGCAACGUCCAGGCCGCCGUCGUGGUAGGCGCUUCGCGGCCUAUGUGGGCAGCGAUGGGAAUGUGUACCGUGGCUGCUACGUCUUGGAUCCCACGGAGUCGACGAGAGAUCGGCAGCUCUGGAGGCUGAGAAGCGACCUGAACGAGGCCGGCUUGGACCAAAACCUUUCACAGGCUGGUGGCAAAUCUGUCACCUGCCAGAGCAAAAGGCGGUCAUCCGUGGAUGAAGCGGCGUUAGAAGAGGUCCAAGUAGCCCGGGACUUCCAGCACUCUCGCCGAUUCUUGGCCACCAUGAUCUCCUACAUGGACUCCAGCAUGGAGGCCUCCCGCCGCAGCUCGAUCUUGCCCUUGACUACACCUCGUCCUCUGGCCGUCGAUGCUGCUCUCUUCGACUUCCGGCCAGCUUCUGGACACCGCUGUGCUUGGCGAAGCGCGAAGCUGGGCAUUGUGGUCGGCGAGCACGGCCUCAAGCUUGGCGAUUUGGCGGAGUCGAUCAGUCACGUGCGCAGUUUGCGGGAAAGGGGCCAGCGCCGUGGCAGGCGCUUUGCCGCCUAUGUCGGCAGCGAUGGUGACGUGUACUGUGGCCGCUACGUGCUGGAUCUCUCGGAGUCCUCUCGAGAGCGGCAGCUCUGGAGGCUGAGAAGCGACCCAAACCAGGUCUCCCACUGGCGUUGUUUUUGCAUCAGCGACGAGAUCGAAAAGGCGGAAGACCGAUCCGAGACGGCAGCGCCAUUAAGGUCAGAGUUUGGACUGCGCUGUCCUGAGUGCGCAGAGGAAAUGUGUCAGGAGUGCCCCGGUCGGUCCUCCCGUUCCUCCAGCGUGGUGCGCCUCUUCGUGGCCCUGGCACACCACUUCGCCACGGCGCACAGUCGUGGUGCCAUCAGCACCGCGGUGGCGCCGAUGGAUGUGGCGAAGGUGCACUUCGCUAGCAAGAUCCUGCAGAAGAUGGAACGGAUGAGAGCGCGUGAUGCUUUUCGCUUGGACGAGCUGAUGGCAGCCUUUCAGGAGACGACGGCCAGCUGUCGUAGACCAAAAGGACGCCAGAUCCUGAAAAAAGGACCUUGA